AUGGUUCCCCAUCUGUCUCAGAGGGGGAAGCGCCACGUCCAUGCACUUCAUAAAAAACAGGAGAGUCAUGAGUCCCCUAGAAGCUAUUUGUCAUGUUCCACAUCUCCACAUCAGAGACAGUGUUUAGAUCAUGUUCCUCUCAGACUGAGUGGAGGGGAGGGCCGGUGCUCUGGGAGGCUGGAGGUGUAUCAUAACGCUGUGUGGGGCUCAGUCUGUGAUGAUCUGUGGGACAUCAGCGAUGCUCAGGUGGUCUGCAGGCAGCUGGGUUGUGGAGCAGCACUGAGGGCUGAUGGGAAUUCAACCUUUGGUCCUGGUAAAGGUGUUGUGUGGCUGAACAAAGUCGAGUGCAGAGGGAAUGAGAUUCACCUGUGGGACUGUCCUCUCUCCCUGAAGAACCACACUGACUGCUCCAACAAAGAGCAUGCUGGACUCACCUGUGCAGAUUUGUCAGUGUCCACUACUCCUGCCACAACAACAUCAUCUUCUCCUCCAGUUUCUCAGACAGUGAGCUCAACAUCAGUCUCUCGUUCACAAACUCCUCCGUCUCUCUCUGUGCUUGUGAUUGUACUGGGAGUUGUGCUCUUACUGCUCUUAGUGCCACUGCUUAUACUGAUUCAGCAGAACAGAGUGAUGAGGAGAGCUCUCUCUAAGAGGAGACACAGGAGCACGACUGAGGCUGUUUAUGAGGAGAUUCAUCACAGACCUACAAACAGACACAGUCUCUUCACUCAGAGGGGAAGUGUCCUUUCUACUGAACAGCAUUCUGUGUAUGAAGAUGCUGAUGAGCUUCUUUCAGCAAAUUCUGCAGUAGGAUCUGCACCUGACUACUAUGAUGACGUCACCACCACUGAAGGACCAAUAGAUGACUUCGCAGAAAACAAUGAUGAUGUCGUCAUCGUACGGCAGUUCUCCAAUGAUAAAAAAGACACAUUUAUAUCAGAGGGCGUUCAGGAGGAGUAUGAUGAUGUGAAGAAUGUUGGGGAAUAUAUGAGUGACAUGUUUGACUAUGACGAUGUGGAGGAAGAUCCAGGAAAACAUGGAAGGACUGUAUAACUCAAACCACACACACCACCUCAAAUCAAAGUGUUUAAGUGGUCUGAAAAGUGUUUAAGAUCAUCCUAUAUACUGUAUGUUUUACUUGCAGUCCAGUGUGUUUUAUGUUGCAUUUUGUAUUGAAAUCUAAUUCAGCUACAAUUUCAGAGAGAAAAAAAAAAAAAAUAUAUUGCUUUAAAAAUCUUUAGAACAUUUUUGUACAGAUGUUUUUGCAGAUUAUGCUUUUUUUUACUUUACAUUUCUAUCAUGUAUCCUUAAAAAUUUGAGAGAACACACACACACACACACACACACACACACACACACACACACACACACACACACACACUUUACUUAUAAGCCGCUAUAACCACAGUCUUUAACAUUUCACAGCACCUUCAUCUUAUAAAAAUAUAAUUCCUUUUAAAUGUAGACCCCCUGCUGAUUGACUUUUAUAUUUUGCUAAAAAAUUGUUGGAAUUUGCUUUAGGAAACAAGUUUACAAACAGCAGCUGUGAGCAAUUAUCAGAAAAGCAUGUUCACUUUAUAUCCUGCAAAAGGAGUUUCUGACUGUCAGAAACACGUGACAUGCACUGUGAGCUGAAACCUUCAGUGUUUAUAACAGAGCUUUUUUAAAGUAGAGACCCUGUUUAUUUCAUC